UCCCCCCAUCAUCUCUUCAAAUUCGGACCGCCCGCGUUAAUUUCACGCGUGUCUACCUCUCACCCCCAAACCCUACAUUUUUUCACAGACCGCCCAAAGUAUAUUCUCUUCAAAUUUUCUGCCUUCUCUCUUCUCCAUAUCUCCAAAUCCUAAUUCUCUCUCUACAAUCCACCUCAAACAAUGAAGAGAAAAGUUAGGCGACAGCCAACUCAGAAGGAAGAAUCCAAUUCUUCCAAAGCCCCCACCAGAGCUAAGCGGGUCAAAGCUUCUAAGCCUGAAUCGGAGCCCGAGUUCUUCGAGGAGAAGCGCAACAUGGAAGAUCUGUGGAAAGAGACAUUUCCAGUUGGGACAGAGUGGGAUCAAUUCGACUUGCUUUACCAAUUCAAGUGGAACUUCUCUAACCUUGAAAAAGCAUUCGAAGAAGGGGGAAAACUAUAUGGCAAGAAAGUUUAUCUCUUUGGCUGUUCAGAGCCUCAAUUGGUUUCGUACAAGGGUGAAAAUAAAGUUAUCUGCAUACCUGCUGUGGUGGCUGUUGUAUCUCCUUUCCCGCCUUCUGAUAAGAUUGGAAUUAACUCAGUUCAGAGGGAGGCUGAAGAAAUAGUUCCUAUGAAGCAAAUGAAAAUGGACUGGGUUCCAUAUAUUCCUUUGGAGAACAGAGAAAGUCAAGUUGACAGGCUAAAGACGCAAAUAUUUAUCUUGAGCUGCACCCAAAGAAGGGCUGCUUUGAAACACUUGAAGAUAGACCGUGUCAAGAAGUAUGAAUACUGCCUACCAUAUUUUUAUCAGCCAUUCAAGGAAGAUGAGCUGGAGCAGAGUACUGAGGUUCAAAUAAUAUUUCCAGCUGAAUCAAAGCCGGUUUUCUGCGAGUUUGAUUGGGAGCUUGAUGAACUUGAGGAGUUCACUGAUAAGCUGAUUGAGGAGGAGGAAUUGGAUACAGAUCAAAAGGAUGCAUUUAAGGAUUUUGUCAAAGAGAAAGUCCGAGAGGCAAAAAAAGCCAAUAGACAGGCUAGAGAAGCCCGAAAAAAAGCGCUUGAAGAAAUGAGUGAGGAGGCUAAAGCAGCAUUUGAAAACAUGAAGUUUUACAAGUUCUACCCUGUGCAGACCGAGGAUACUCCUGACAUAUCAAAUGUUAAGGCACCGUUUAUAAACAGGUAUUAUGGGAAAGCUCAUGAAGUUCUGUGAUUGGGCUCAUCAACUACCAGUAUUUCUACUGCAAGAGAUGCCAAGUGGUCUGCAUUGGGGACUAAAGCUAGCUAAUGAUUCCAGGAUAUGUUUCAUGAUGAAAGUUCAGAAUGGAACCCUAAGGUGCCUCAUCUCGUGGUCCUUUCUCGGUCUCGAGGGAUUACAAGGAAAAGAUGUAAACUAGUAGUUCCAAAAUCUUUAGAAAACAGAACUAGGUGCUUUUGUUACCAUCGGAUGAAAUUGUAGGAAAUGUUGUUGAGCCUCCCAAUCAUGGGAAUGAUAUUUCUUGAGCAUUUCUGGAAAGACUGAAAUUUCCCGGUUUCUCAAGUUUGUCUUAGCUUUCCAAUUUAUGUACUUUGUUAGAGGUUCUAAUUUUGUCCCUUGAACAUUAUUUCUUGUAUUCCCAAAAGGUUCAAUUCUGUCAAUGCCAUGAAAUAAAAAUAGUUAUUUAUCAUUUA